AGAUGUUUUUACUGUGGAGAGUCUCUUGAUGUUCCUUGUUUGCAUUGUGGGAUUUGCGCUCAGUGCACCCAUCAUUUGGCUGUAAGUAAAUUAUAAAAUGAGAUUUAUUGUUCCCGUAAAAUGAAAUCAUUCACAAGCAUUGAAGAAAUCCCUGGUCUAUUGAAGAAAUCCCUGGUCUAUUGAAGAAAUCCCUGGUCUAUUGAAGAAAUCUCUGGUCUAAAUCUUUAGGUCCGAAGUUUAUUUUAUUGCCGACAUUCUUCUGUUAUAAAUAUUAAUUGUUGGUAUUCUUAUCGUCCUGGUUUUUUCAUGAUAUUUGAUAAGUGUAAGAAUUGUUGGUAUUCUUAUCGUCCUGGUUUUUUCAUGAUAUUUGAUAAGUGUAAGAAUUAUUUUAAUUUUAGAAACUUGCCAAAACUGUCCAACCUGGCCACAUUACAUCCAAGUCCUUCAAGUUACAGAGAAUGAAAGAUGGAGAGAUGAAAGAUGAUGAACGUAUUCUUAGCAACACAAAGGGUUCUGUCUAUUUCUACAAAAAAGGUCACCGCAUGCAGCUCCUCCCGGCAAUGACGCCAUUUUAUUGGGAUGAGAUUUUCAUAACCACUCUAAGGGGAGCUAACUUCUAUCUCCAUUUGACGUUGUAA